CUUCUCCAACAAAGCAAUACUACCCACGAGACGACCUUUCGCACCAGCACGGGCUGUACACAAGCAUACGAAAAGGCAAAUCCCAUCUAUCGCCGCAGAAGGAAGGUCACCUAUUCUGAAGUCAAGCCGCAAGUAUGGCUCCUACUAUCGACGAGCUCGACGCGACGGUCCGGGCUUUUUACGAAGGCCGUGGAGAAUCGCAAAAAGCUGCGCAAGCUGCACUGAACCAGUUCAAGGAAGACCCCGAUGCAUGGCUAUUAGUCGACAAAAUCUUGCAAGAUGCUACAUAUCCUCAAACUAAAUACUUGGGUUUGCAAGUACUCGACAACGUUAUUCUCACCAGAUGGAAGGUCUUACCAAAAGAGCAGUGUCAAGGAAUCCGCAACUUUGUGGUGAAUUUUAUCAUUCAGUCCUCUAGCUCCGAAGAAUCUCUGAAGACACAGCGAACUCUUCUCAACAAACUCAAUCUCGUCCUCGUUUCCAUCCUCAAACAAGAAUGGCCUCACAACUGGCCCACAUUCAUCAACGAAAUCAUAUCUGCGUGCCAUACAAGUUUGUCGAUAUGCGAGAACAAUAUGGCUAUUCUGCGGCUGCUAUCAGAGGAAGUCUUCGACUUCUCGGCGGACCAGAUGACAUCGGCGAAGACCAAGAAUUUGAAGACCGUGAUGUGCGCAGAAUUCUCCUCCAUUUUCCAGCUAUGCAACGAAGUCUUGAACAGCGCCACCCAGACAAGUCUAAUCAAGGCUACACUUGAAACCCUCCUCCGAUUCUUCAACUGGAUUCCACUUGGAUACAUCUUCGAGACCCCGAUUAUCGAUACCUUACGGACGAGAUUCCUUGAGAUGCCCGAGUUUCGGAAUGUCACAUUGAAGUGCUUGACAGAGAUUGGUGGACUUCAGACAGGGCAAAACAACGCCUAUGACGAGAAGCUGGUCCAGAUGUUCACCGAAGUUUUGACAACCAUCUCCAAGAUCAUUCCAUUGUCUCUGGACCUGAAAACUACGUACAAUUCUAGCAACUCAAAGGACCAGGAAUUCAUCCAAAAUCUUGCCCUGUUCCUGACCAACUUCUUCAGUGUCCAUCUCAAUCUGAUCGAGAAUCUCCCAAAUCGCGACUUCCUUACCCACGCUCACUUCUAUCUUAUCCGAAUCUCACAAAUCGAGGACCGAGAGAUCUUCAAGAUCUGCCUGGAAUACUGGACGAAGCUUGUUCAGGAGCUCUACGAUGAGAUGCAGUCGCUUCCACUUACCGAUGUAAACCCACUGGUCAAUAUGGGCGUCGGUGGGCUGACGAAUCCUGGUGCACCAAACCCUAGUCUUUUGGCCAACUACCCGCUUCGGAAACACAAGUACAACGAAGUUCUCUCAAAUCUAAGAGUGGUGAUGAUUGAAAAGAUGGUCAGACCCGAGGAAGUGCUGAUUGUUGAGAACGAGGAAGGAGAAAUCGUGAGAGAAUUUGUGAAGGAAAGUGAUACCAUUCAACUCUACAAGACCACUAGAGAGUGUCUUGUUUACCUCACCCAUUUGGACGUUGUCGACACAGAGAAUAUCAUGACUGAUAAGCUCGCUCGACAAGUCGACGGUACGGAAUGGUCAUGGGCCAACUGCAAUACUUUAUGCUGGGCUAUUGGGUCCAUCUCGCUCGCCAUGAACGAAGAGACCGAGAAGCGAUUCCUCGUUACUGUCAUCAAAGACCUUCUUGGCCUUACCGAGAUGAAGCGAGGCAAGGACAACAAGGCAGUUGUGGCCAGUAAUAUAAUGUACAUCGUUGGCCAGUAUCCCCGAUUUCUCAAGGCACACUGGAAGUUCUUGAAGACAGUUGUGAACAAAUUGUUCGAGUUCAUGCACGAGUCUCACGAGGGCGUGCAGGAUAUGGCAUGCGAUACCUUUAUCAAGAUUGCGAGACAGUGCAAGCGUCAUUUUGUUGCUUUGCAGCCUGGAGAAAGUGAACCAUUUAUUGAGGAAAUUGUUCGCACAAUGCGCAAGAUCACUUGCGAUCUCUCGCCUCAACAAGUUCACACAUUCUACGAGGCUUGUGGAUAUAUGAUUGCUGCACAACCACAAAAGAAUGCUCAGGAGAGACUAAUUUCUGAGCUCAUGUCAUAUCCUAAUGCCGCUUGGGAUGCUAUCAUCAGUCAAGCCACCGCCAAUCCAUCGAUUCUGCAAGAUGCAGAUACGAUUAAAGUAAUUGGUAAUGUUAUGAAGACGAAUGUUUCGGCCUGCAUGUCUAUUGGAAGCUAUUUCUAUCCUCAGAUCGGAAGAAUCUAUCUUGAUAUGCUUUCCAUGUACCGAGCUACGAGUGGAAUGAUCUCCGAGGCAGUUGCACGAGAUGGUGAAAUUGCGACGAAGAUGCCGCGAGUACGAGGAUUGCGAACGAUCAAGAAAGAGAUCUUGAAGCUUAUCGAGACUUAUGUUGAGAAGGCCGAUGACCUUGAGAUGGUGCGAACGAACAUCGUACCAGCUCUCCUCGAUGCCGUUCUCGUUGAUUACAACCGAAAUGUCCCCAACGCCCGUGACGCUGAAGUACUCAAGGUCAUGUCCGUCAUUAUCACCAAGCUUUCUGCCCUCAUGGAGGAUCAAGUACCGAAUAUCAUGGAGAAUGUCUUCGAGUGCACUUUAGAGAUGAUCAAUAAGGACUUUUCGGAAUUCCCCGAGCACAGGGUCGAGUUUUUCACUCUCCUUCGUGCCAUCAAUCUACACUGCUUCCCUGCUCUUCUCAAGCUUGACAAUAGACAAUUCAAAUUUGUUAUCGACUCUUGCAUGUGGGCCAGCAAGCACGACAACCGCGAAGUCGAAUAUGCUGGUCUCAACAUGUGCCUCGAAUUGAUAACCAACAUCGCCGAGACCGAUUCUGGAACCUCAAAUGCGUUCUUCCAGCAAUUCUUCGUACCGAUUCUGCAAGAUGUGUUCUUUGUUCUCACUGACACGGAUCACAAAGCGGGAUUCAAGUCACAGUCGAUGUUGCUCUCUCGCAUGUUCUACUUUGUCCACCCAGCUGAUGGCACACCACCUAAGAUUCAAGGACCGAUUUACCAACCCGACCAGGCCCCUGCUGGAACAUCCAACAAGGAGUUCUUGGGUGGCUUUGUCGCCAACUUGCUCCAGGGUGCUUUCCCCAAUCUCCAAGCAGUCCAAAUUAAAGCAUUCGUUGAAGGCUUGUUCACACUCAACAAUGCAUACGAUAGAUUCAAACUCAAUCUCCGUGAUUUCUUGAUUCAAUUGAAGGAAUUCGCAGGAGACAACACUGAGCUCUUCGCCGACGAGAAGGAGCAAUCGGAGAGGGAUGCUAAGGCGGCUGAGCGUGAGCGCCUGUCGAAGGUCGGCGGCCUGCUCAAGCCUGCUGAGCUUGCCGAAGAUGACGAUGAGUUGUGACUGGAAGAAGAGCUGAGGCUGGAUUACGCACAGGUUGAGGUGGCAACACAGAGUUCCAGGUCUACCGAAACUCGUAUCUAUCGCCCCAAAGCAAUCAACGAACUGGAUGGUUGGGCUAUGUACGAUCUUUGACUCUGGCCCCACCUGUUUGCCAGCAAUCGCUGCCUCGCUCUCUGGAUAACUGGUUUUCGAUUUUCAUCUCUGCUCCCUCUAAAUAUACCAUGCUCAGGGUUUUCAUGCCCAAGCGGAGUACGGCUGCGGGAAACCUGGGGAUUCUGUGUGUCUAAAAAGCGGCUUUCUAUCAGAUUCGAUUCUCUUUCGUCGCGAGGCGACGGCUAUGCAUUUUGCGAGAGACUUAUGAUACCUCUCCCUUUUGGAGGAACGCGUAUGGAUGAGCAUAAGGAUGAUAUACGGGUGGGCUUAUGAGACACGAAAUGGUGGAAACUGUUCUUUGUAGAACCGGUAGGAAUUGAGGCAGAAAACAAUCAAGAUAUGAAAUGAACG